AUGGUUAGUUUCUGUCGUGACUUCCUGGCACUUCAAAGGUUUGUCUGACAUUUGCUCUUUGGAUCAAUUUUUCUUAUAACAUCCGUUUUAUGUGCUACUAUUUUUGAUUGGAAAACAAAAAUAUCAAUAGACAUUUUAAGAGUAUUUUUUUAUGACAAUAGACAGUUGAAGGGGUUAAUUAAAAAUUGACGAUAGAACCUCGAGAUAUAUGAUUCAGUUAAUAUCAAGGUCUUUGUUUCAAGUUGAGCUUGAUUCUGUUCAUUCAGUGUUUGAAAGAUUUUUGGCUCUUCGUGCAACCAUUCAAGAGCCGUCACUGAAAUCCUUGGCAAAUUGUCAUGUAAAUGAAAUAUGUCACUUUAUUUGAUUUCAAUCUUUUGUGAUGACAAGUGUAGCCACAACGUUAAUUGUUCUUUGCGUCGCCAUGUGGAAAUAUGGGAUUAAAACAAACAAUUUUGUGGGCACUGAUUGUUUAAGUACAGUGUUUGCAUAUGGCUUAAUUACAAAAAAAGUACGCGAUCAUAACUGAACACAGUGGAAAAUUACGCUUCUAGCUCACAAGGCUUCUUGUUUGGUUACAAUGAAGCUGGUUAAGACAUGGUAAUAGAAAGCUUUUAAGACAAUAUCCCGUACACACAAUGAGUUUUGCUUUUUUCAGAGGUGAGGACAUAUUUCCCAGAGGUCAGCUUAAAGUUGCUCCGUAUCUACGUAAUUAUGCGAAACCAUCGGUGCGUCGUGAAGAAGAUUCUACUACAGAAUACCAUGAUUUGAAUACUGGUUUGGACGGUACCAUCCAGGGACGUUCAUUUGGAAAAUCUGAUGACCCUUCUUUGGUCAGUAACCCAGAAAACAUAAAACCUCCCCUGGAGUCAGGAGAUGUGAGUGUUAGGACACAGGAAUAUCUACAAAAGCCCGUUGCAUUUGAAAAGACAAAUAUGAAUAGAGGCCAUUUAAAUGAUUUGCACCGUUCAAUUCAAAAUCGAUUAACUGGCUCUGGUUUCGAAACUUUUGAGCCGCAUCCUUUGGCUGGAAUGCAGUGUACAGGACACCGAAUGAGUUUGGCUGAAUCUCAACAAAAUCUACCGAAACGAGGUAGUGUUUCUUCCUCAGGAGAUGAAACAGUUAAAGCCGCUGAGAGUUUUAAGUCCGAACAACUGGUUAGCAACGGAAUCAACCAAACAACUUCACACUCUGUCUCUUUGAAUAAGCUUUAUUCAUGUCUAAAGAGGAUGAAAUGCCGAAGAAACGAGGUAGGGCAAUACGAAGAUCUUGCAACGAUUUCCAUGAACGGUCGUGAACCCAGUCUUAAUAAAAGUUAUUUCCAAAGAGUCCUCGCGUCAAACAACGCGAAUACCGCGCAAACACGCAGUGAACAAGAAGAGAUAUUUUUGCUUUUCGGUGGAAAAUCAAAGCCCGUACGCUUUCAAAUCAAUCCCGAAGGGCUUAACUUGUUGGAAAGGGAGUGGCGCAUUGAACUUAAGUCAAGAGAUUCGAUAUUUUGUAAUUCGGACGAGGAAGGUUUACAACUUUUGCAGAAGUUUCGAGCACGGUUCAGAACCAACCCGCGGACAAAUGUACCGGAUCGAAGAACACCAAUGUUACCAAUACCUUGGGCUCGACAUGUUGUACAUAAAGGACGAAGUCUGAGCCCAGAGGAAAAAGAGCAACUAAAAGAAGAUGAAAGCGGACGAAAGCUUUCAAUUCACGUCUAUCUACCUAAUGCAGGUUGGGCUGUACAAGGGAAAAACUCUACACCAACGACUCCAAUGUCUUCUCCUUCCAGAUAA